GAGAAACAGUGUUUCUUGGUUGAAGAACUGCUUGUGUCCGUGUGCAGUAUGAGAGAGCUGGUAAUACUACUGUUCCUGGUCUCCGCGCUAUAUGCAGCCAGUGAUUUAGAAUAUAAGUGUUUAGAAGAUCAGGACAGCAAUGCUGAAGACGCAGCCGUGAAGUUCAUCAACGACCAUCGUCGUCGUGGAUACAAGUUCAAGUUUGUCUCUCUGGACAGUCGCACAGCCAAGGAGAAGGCUGAUCCUUGUGAGGUUGUAUUCAGGAUGACCUUAGAAGAAACUGUAUGUCACAUUGUGAAUCCUAAACCUUUAGAUCAGUGUGAAGUAAGAUCGGAGACUGAAACGAAAGUGGCAGCCAAAUGCAAUGUGACCAUCUCUAGUAUUGAUGGAAAAGCAGCUGUGAAAAACUACAUCUGUGACACUGAGCCAGGUUCACAUCAAUUGCUGGUGAAGAAAUGCCCUGACUGUCCUGCUCUACUGCCCCUGAAUGACCCUAAGGGUCUAGAGAGUGUGAAAGCUGCCUUGCAGGAGUACAACAACAAAUCCGAUCACACAUCUUACUUUAAAAUGCUGGAAGUGGGAAGAAUCAAAACACAGUGGAUGUUUAUGGGUCAAAGCAUCUUUGCUCAGUUUGCCAUUGCGGAGACAGACUGUCCAAACAAUGAGGCGUCCCAGAAUCGAGAAGCAUGCAAGGCUUUAUGUGGAGAUAAGGCUCGGUAUGGAUUCUGUAAAUCCACUAAGAUUGGAAAAAACAAACCAGUUGUGGAAUGUGAGAUUUAUGAACCUCAGAACUUAACUCAUCCUGUUCAGUCAAGAGACUGUGGUUCUCCAUCGCACCACCACCACCAUCACCAUCACCACCACCACCACCAUCCAGGGCACCACCCAGAUCAUGCUCACCCUCAACGCCCUGAUCAUGGGGGCCACAAGGACAAAACACCUGAUCAAAAGGGCCGUCCAGAACAUACGGGCCUCGGCCACAAGGAAAAAGCCUCAGAUGACAAACACCGGCCAGAACAUGAUGACAAAGACACACCCGGUUGUCUACAACGCCCUUUGAUCCUUCCAGAAUCCAGGCCUGAGGGGCACCAUGAGUUCCGAUGCCUCAGCUUUGUAAAAAUAAACCCCUCUAUUUAUCCAAUUUGCACCUUCCCUCCUCCACGUCUCUGCAUGGGUACUCCAGAGCUUGGUCCUCGCCCUUCACAUCCUGCUGCUCAGUAACUAACUCUAAAGUGACCUAGGGAACUUAUUUUAACCCCCUGAACAAAACAGAAAAUGUGUGAUAGUUUCAGGGAAUCUCAUUAGUUGCACAAAUCUGGAACAAGUUCAAAAUGAUCAAGUAUUAGACCUUAAGACUUUGCACACGAUGACCUCAUGAAUCAGGAAAAGGUUGCCGUGUAUAGUGACAAAAAGUUGUUUAGGAAAGUUCUCUGGUAGUUUGAGUUGCUCUUUAGUGUUUAGGGACAACAUAGACUCAAAGUGCUUUUGUUGUACCCUAAAAUCUGAACAUCUAUGGAGAUUAAACUGGGUAGUGCCAAUGUAAUUGUGUAAGAACAUUCAGAGUCAUGCACAAUAAAAACCCUUGAAGGCUGA